AAUUGUUGGACAAGAGUAGCGGAAUUAUGUGGUCCAUUUUCGGAUUAAUAUUGGCUCUAAUUCCGUUACUGGACGCUCAAGCAAUAGUAGCUCCCUAUCAGGUAGCGAUACGAUCAAACAAUCCAACAAUCAUCGGAUCCAUCGGAAGUUCGAAGCAAAUUUGCAACGGAGUCAUUAUCAGAGAUAAAUAUGUUUUAACAACUGGUAGUUGUGUGCAUUUUCAAGAUGCACAAACCAAACAAAGUCGUCUCAUCGCUCCUGGGGAUAUAUUUGUAAUUGCUGGAAAUAUCAGCAUGAAUCAAACCGACUAUGGCGACGAAGUCAAAGGCAGUUUUAGACGCAAUGUUGUUUCCGUAAUACCAAAUUGGAAAUUCAAUGCAUCUACUGGAGAUAAUGACAUCGCCAUACUCAAGCUUGACCGCUCGCUGCUACCGCUGGCCAACAAUACGAGCCCGGUGCGCUGGAUAGAACUGGAACAACACCCACAACAACGGUUGCAGCCGCAGCCCGCACAGCCAGCCACAACCCCAUCGCAGCAAGUAUACCAGACAACAACAACGGCGUCAACUAACAACAAAGUUAAUGAAAACUGUUUCAUAAACAUUUAUAACAACUCAGUCGGGGUUUCCGAUUAUCCCUACAACGCGGCUAAAAAUGUGAGCUUCUUUCAAAAAUGGGUGUGCGAUGCUCAGAGAGGCUCCUUUGUAGCUGGUCAAACUGUGGCAGGAAGAAACGAAACAUGUAUAGAAUAUCGCUUCAGCAAUGUGCAGUCAUGUUGGCUCGAUGCAAAUACCCUGCGACGCAGCGAAGAACGGGGCACCGCUCUGGUGUGCAACUUCAAAUUAGUGGCCAUAUUGACGGAAAUAAAUCCACCCGCGAACCCACAGAGUUGCACCUCGCUGAAACGCACCACGGCUUACUACUCCAUGGUUGCACCGUAUUACGAUUGGAUUGUGAGCGAAAUUGGAUAUCUUUACAAUUCCGCCCCCGUCAGCCAGCCAGGGCCCAAUGGAACCAUGACCGGCAGUCCAGUUCCGAGUGGACCGGCACCACCAAUUUCGUCCUGGGGAGACCAGCAAAUUGCUACCACCACCGCCACCACACCAGCCACAGGGAAAACCAAAUCCACGGCUGCGCCAUCAAUCAGCUCCGGAAUUGUAUUCAAACUUAUUGCCUUUAAUUUAUUCAUUCCAUUUGCGCUCGUUUAUCGGUUCCACCAUUGAUGACGAUGACGAAGAAGAGAUUCCGGAAAGCCACCGAAUUGCAACGGUGCCUAUUUUCCGUACGCUAGGUACCAUCCCUAUUGGAAAUCACACGAGCGCCAUCCCGUCAUCGCAUCGCCGCCGCUGUCGUCUGUCGCCAAACAUUUAACCACUUUUGGAAACUCGUGCAAUUCAAGACCCGCCAUGUGCGGCGGGAUGUAUGACUGAAAGGACGAAUAAACUUUUUUUCCGGACGGGGUGAAUUGUAGAAGGAACAUUAAAUUUUAUAGAUUAGCAUGAGUUGAAAAUGGUACCGAUUAAAGAAAACUAGUUUUAGUAAACCGAGAAA